AUGCUUCGCGUUUGGCUUCGCGGAACACGUUGUGCUUUGCAUCCUCUUUGUUUGUUGUUGCGGUGGCUAUGGCGCGCAUGGCCCUUUGUCACUGCAAUUUGGUUCGGCUGCGCCAUUUGGGUCACAGCGGCUCUGAAGUCUGCGAAGCAUAAAGGGCUCUUCUCAGUCUUAGGCAACGGGAUGUUCAGCUCGCUGUUGCUUGCGCCGUUUGCUCUCCUCGAAUUGGACCAGCGGUCCGCAGCUGAUGAUCCUGUCCCUGAGUGUUCAGGACCAGUAGGUCACAAAUACAGGUUGAAAGUUGCUUCAUUGGCUUUUCUGAGGCAGAACGUCGGGCUGGUCCUCUUGGUGGCUACUCUCACAGGCUUGAACCGAGCGCUCACCAAUGCUUCUUUGUAUUUCAUCGACGCUUGGUUGAAAACCGCGCUACUCGCCUUGACGGUCCCCCUCACCUUCGUUUUUGGUGCAGCAGUUCCGGCAGUUGACCUUCGUGCGCGGGGGUUGUUUUGUGGACCGUGCUGCGCCAGCGCAGGGCAGUUUUAUCCCCACUGGCGAUCUUGGUCCACAUUGGCCAUGAUACCAGCUUUGCUUCUGAUAUCGAUCGGUGGCAUAGUCACGGCGUUACCUGACUUGUCCGAGGGCCGACCAGAUGUGAAGAGAACGGUGGGAGCAGCAAAGCCUUUGCACUUCUACGUGAUCGGGGUAGCCAUCCAGAUGCUAUCCAACUGUGCAGGGGCGGCCCAGAACGUUUUCACUAAAGUGCUUCUGACGCGCAGCGGCAGAGGACGAGCGGCUUCUGUCUGCCCCGGCUCUGCGCGAGAGACGACUGCUGCUUCUACAUCCGAUGAUCGCAUGCUCACCCCCAGGGCGCCGGCGGGUGCCGCGAUUCUCUUGGGACCUGGUUGUGAGGACGGCCCCGUGCCACCACCGCCCUGCAAGUCCCAGAUCGCGCUCCUGACGCAGCCGAUUCUGGCGGCGUUCGGCCUCCUCUCGGUGCUUCUGUUCGAGCACGGUGACUUCACUCCCCCUCCUCUGGGGGCCCUCUUGGCAUUUGCCUUGGGCGUGACAGGGAUUGUUGUGUGCGAGCUUCGGCUUAUCGAGCUCACUUCGGCGCUGACGAUCGCGGUUCUGGCGGCGGCGCACAACGUGGUCAUGGUCAUUUUUUUCCUGGCGGUCGACGGAGAGGGGGGCGACAUCUCGGAAAUGCAAGCGGCAGGUUAUUCAUUGAAUACGGUUGGAGUCUGUGCGUACGCUGCUGUGAAGCAUUGGCAAAACAGCGAGGACGAGGCCCUCCUCGCUUCAGCAUCGGGCGAGGCAUUGUUGACAGAUCCAAGUGGUUUUUGCGCGCCCGCUCCGCCUCUCUCGGAAGCCCAUCCUGGGCGAACAUCGGGUUCGUUGGCGAUGUCUGCGGUCAUGGCAGCAAGCCGAAAGUCGUGA